AUGGCCUUCCCCAUAUCUUCUUCUCAUGUUCCAUUGACUGCGCUCGUCAGGUUGUGGAUAUGGCGAUCAUUAUUGUCGUCGCAUUGUCGCCGUUCAUUUUUGCCUCUUCAUGUCGUCCAAAUGCCUCCAUCUUCGCCGAUGGUGGUGAGCCGUGAACGGAAAGAUCGGUCGUCGUUCUGGCCAGAACCUCGAAUCGUCCAGAUGCUCGUGGAACAGCUUCGGCAUCACCAUAUCGUGGCUCUCUUCGUGAUAAGGAUCCAUUUCGACUGGACCGUCGUCGAUAAGACCGGCACAUUCCUCCAAGCUAUCCUUCGCGCCGUGUGUAGCCAUGUCCGCAAGGCGACAUUGUCGAAGUGA